CGACUGGAGCCUCCAUUUUAAAUGGGAGCAGCUAACCCCAGAGGUCAGGGCCAAAAGACUACAGCCCAUUGAGCCAAUCAGGACACCAGUUAUAGCUGGAGGUCUCUUUGUGAUCAACAAAGCCUGGUUUAACCAUCUCGGGAAGUAUGACACUGCGAUGGACAUCUGGGGCGGUGAAAACUUUGAGAUGUCCUUCCGUGUGUGGAUGUGCGGUGGGACCCUGGAGAUCGUCCCCUGCAGUCGGGUGGGCCACGUCUUCCGCAAGAAACAUCCUUACGUCUUCCCAGAUGGCAACGCUAACACCUACAUCAGAAACACUGAGCGUACCGUCGAGGUCUGGAUGGAUGAGUACAAGCGGUUUUAUUAUGCAGCCCGGCCAUCUGCCAAGGGACGGCCUUAUGGAGA